AUGCUUUAUAUGUGUUGUGUCCCGGGGUGCCGCGGAAAUUAUUCAAAGGGUCCAAAAGUGCGUGUUUUCGGGUUUCCAAAUGACGAAAAUUUGCGAAAAAAAUGGUUAAAAGUUAUUCCUCGUGAUAAUUUACAACCAAACAAAAAUACUAAAGUAUGUGAGCUGCAUUUUGCUGAAGGUAAUAUUAUUUGGCAAAUUUCUAAACAAGACUCUAAAACAGGUAAGAUUGUUACUACUAAUUUAGAAAGACCACGAUUGAAAGAAGGUUGCGUUCCUACGAUUUUUCCAAACUGUCCUAAAUAUUUAACAACUCAAACUGCAUCCGUUCGUAAAAGUAGGGACGAAAAACUAAAAAACCUUGAUGAACAGUACCUUUUUCAAGCGAUCGAAGAGAACAAAAAACAUUUUUCUGAUCAUAAAAAAGCAAAUUCAUUUAUAAAUUUUCAAGAUUUUCUAUGCUACUUUAAAACUUUUGACUUGCAAAAGGGUUGGUUUUCACUUAGUAAUCAAAAUAACAUAACGUUAUUCAAACUAGAACAUAAACCGGGCCCUUGUAUAUCCUGGUCAAUAGUCAUAGAUGAACAGCUUAAUGUCAAAACAUUUUUGUAUAGUGAAUCUAUAAGUAUCACUAUAGAUAAUAUUGCUCCAGCAUUAAAGACUCCCUUUAUCUCUAGUAGUUUGGAAGAAAUAAAACAACUUUUAAAUGUUAUUGAUACAAGUACAACUAUUCCCUUAGACAUUGACACUAACACCACUAGUGACAAUACUGAUUGCAACACUGUCAAAGGUAGCACUCCACAAAGUUCAGAAAAAUUUAAAAACAUUAUUAAAUUUGUCAUAAAUAUGAUCGAAAAUGUAAAAGAUUUUAUUUCAGACUCUAGUGAGCACAAAAUCGCUAAAAACAUUGUUUCCGAACAGUUAACUUUAUUAAUUUCUCCAAAGCAAAGAUAUAGGUAUUUACCAGACACCAUGAUAUUAUGUUCUAUUUUAUAUACUAUAAGUCCUCACAGUUACAAAUAUUUAAGGGAUUAUGGGCCACUUAUUUUACCCUACCCCCAAACUAUAAAGGGUGUAUGUAAUAAAUAUCUGACAGAUCCACAUAUUGAUGAGAGAAACACUUUCCUUACCUACGCUCGUAAUGUUUUUCAGUGUUUGACAGAAAAAGACAAAUAUUUAUGA